CCACACUUUUCUCAAUUUAUGCCUUAAGUGACAUUUUGCCCAAACCACACUUAGAACUGUGGCGUCAGUUUGUGUUGGCAUGUUCUUUUAUUUGUUCUCCAGUGAUUUCUGAAACAAGAGCCUUGCUCGCUCACUCUUAUUUGCUUAAUUUCUGUAAAGGUUUUGAACAAUUGUAUGGCAACCACAGAGUGACUCCAAACAUGCAUCUGCACACACACCUUGUGGACUGUAUCUUAGACUUUGGACCUGUGUAUUCAUUUUGGUUGUUCAGUUUUGAAUGGUAUAAUGGCAUUGUGGGAGACUAUGGGACUAACCAGAGGUCAGUUGAAAUACAGCUUAUGCGAAAGUUUAUUUCCAAUCAAUUUGUAAAAGACUUGCCAUUGCCUAGCAAGUUUCAUGAACAUUUUAAACCUAUUAUGGAAAGAUUUAUUUCCAGACAAACAGGCAGCUUACAAGAAUACUCUUUGAGUAAAGAAAACAUUGAUUCUAGAAACUUAAUCAUGACCAGUAUGCUUUCUAUUGGAAAUGUCUGCAAAGAUGUCACUUGGUCUGCCAAAGAUUCCUCAUAUGUUUGUUGUGGGCCUCAUCACAGAGAUUGCUUGGGCAACGAGUUCCUCCCAUAUUUAAAGAAGUGCUACACAAGCAUUUUUGAUGAUGUGGAUGAAGAAUCCAUUACUGGCCAUUUCAAGAGAUUUGCAUUGUGCACAUUUUCUGGAGAUAAAUAUGGUUCAAGCCUAUCACGAGGAGACAGAUCAUCAUAUAUUCUUGCAAGGUGGUGUGCUCUUGGAGGAAAAAUUGACACCAGUGGAAGUGAUCUUAGGCCUGGAAUCAUUCAGUUUUUCAUGGAACAGACAAUCAAAGUCAAUGGACAGCCUGUUCCAUGCAUACUUGCUUUUGUGCGCUGGUUUCAAUCACAUCCUUCACGGUACUCCUUAGGUGCUCCAGUGGAGGUGUGGUGCAAGGAUCUCUUUGAAUUGGAAGGCGAGGCUACUUUCAUUCCUGUUAAGAGAGUACAUGGAAGGUUUGUGCCAGUAUUUGGUGUCAUUCAACGGGAGCAUGUGUUAGUAGUUUGUCCUCUUCCACGCAAACUACACUGUUAACGUUUUUAAUCUGUUAAAUGUUGGACUCUGCAAUGAGUUACAAUAUUACAGAAUUUGAAAUUUUUUAAAAAAAAAUUUAAACAGAGUAAUUGAAAAGUCUCCUUUGAACAAAGACUGUGUUUCUAUUUUGUGGCUAAAUUUCAUUUGUGGAAAAGGACUCCACUUUUUGAACCAUU